UAGUUGUAGCAACAAGUUGUGCAUAGUAGAACUAUUUUAGAAAACAAAUAAAUAAUUGUAGGAAUGGCAAGCGGUUCGAUAGAGGAAGACCUUGUGUCCCUCAAAAAUUAUUCAUCGAAACUGCAUGAAUCUUUCAUCAAAAUGUUUCGACACCAAGAACUAACUGAUGCCGAAUUAGUUUGUGAGGGUCGUCAUGUUGGAGUUCACAAGUUUCUGUUAUCAUCGUCAAGUCCAAUAUUUAAUAAUCUUUUCAAAAUGUCAAAUAACAAUAAAAUACCAAUCGAAAAUGUGAAGUACGAUGAUUUGAUGAAUGUUUUGGAGUAUGUCUACAGCGGCAAUAUCAAGAUUCCAUCAACCAAGCUGUCUUCUUUCAUGGACGUCGCCAAAAAGUUUUCCAUUACGAUUGAGGGUGCUCAAUAUAAUGAUAUUGUUCCAAGAGAACAAAAUAGAUUUCAUUUGGGGCAUGAUAAUUGUAAUACUGAAAUUGGUGAUAGAAAGUCCAAGCAGAUUGGGAUAAAUAAACGUACCUCCGUUGACGAAGCAAACCAUCGGUCAAGAGAAUCAACGAUCCAAAAAGAUGGACUCUUUUUAGUGAGUCAAGAGACAUUUUUUGAAAGAAUGUUCAAAGCAAGAGGUUUACCAUGGCCAUUUGUUGGCCAUUCAAAUCAAAAUGGAAAUCAAACAGCACACAAGCUACCUGAACCGAAUAUAUCCGCCAAAGUUAAACAGGCUCAAUCCAAUUCUGCAAUGAGCACACCAAUGCAAAAUGUCAUAGAGCCACCACUUCGUAAAGUGAUCAAAAGUUCGCCGGAGCUCGAUCAAAUGUCACGUAUUAAGGUUGCUCUAGCUCAAACUGAAAAGAUCAGAGAUCUCAAUUUGCAAAUUUUCACCAGAAAAAAUGAAAUAUCAGAAAAUGAGCUUGAUGUACUUAAAUCUAAACUGAAAGAGCUCGAGAGGAACCGUAUAAAAAUCGGUAAAAAAGAGAUGAACCAAUUUAAGGCCGAACAACUUAAGACUGGAGCAACCCAGUCAAAAUCAGCCGAAACUUCGGGCCGACCAUCACAAAUUGUUGAAAAGCCAAUUCAUGGACAACAGAGUUCAUCAAAAAUAGAUCAACCUACUUUAAUGUCACGCGUUGCUCUAGCUAGGUCUCAAACGGAAAAGAUCAGAGACCUCAAUCGGCGAAUUUCUACCAGAAAACAUAUAAUGCCGAAAAAUGAACUAGAUGCACUUAAAAUGGAACUGAAUGAGCUCGUGUGGAACCGUAUAAAAAUCGGUAAAGAAGAGAUGAAACAAUUUAAAGCAUCUCAGUCAAAAUCAGUCGAAACUUCGAGACAAUCGCCGCAAAUUGUUGAAAAACCAAUUCAUGUGCAACAAAGUUCAUCAAAAUUGAGUCAACCUACUUCAAUGUCAAACGUUGCACUGGCUUUGGCUCAAACUGAAAAGAUCAGAGAUCUCAAUUUGCAAAUUUCUACCAGAAAAAAUGAAAUAUCGGCAAAUGAACUUAAUACACUUAAAUAUAAACUGAAAGAGCUCGAGAGGAACCGUAUAAAAAUCGGUAAACAAGAGAUGAAAGAAUUUAAGGCCGAACAACUUAAGACUGAAGCAGCACAGUCAAAAUCAGUCGAAACACCACUCAACGAAGCGUCAACUUCGCGCCAAAAAUCCAAAAUCGAUGCAAGUAAAGAGGAGAUAAAGUACUUAAUACUGGACUUUAGUCAAAUCUCAACAAACAGUCGCGAAAAAAGAAGAGUAUUGAACAUGAUUUGGGAUUUAUCAGUGAAAAAUACUAAGGUACUUGAUGGUCGUGAAAGAAAGACAGAAAAUCUACCUCGCAAUCUAACAAUUCAAGAAAUAAACAAAAUAAUGGUAACACUGAAAAGCAAACUUGAUUCAAUUUCUAAGGAGAUUGCAAAAAAACAUAAAGAAAAGAAUGUUGAUGAGGUUAGUGGGCUUCAAAAUAAGUUUAUAGAAGUACUCAUGCAUCGAAUGGAAGUACAAAAGCAACAAGAGAAAUGGCAAAACCUGGCAAAUACAAGUAAAAAUAAGUAAGACUGAAUGCAAACAAUUAAGAAGAAAAAACUAAGAAUUUAGCUGAAUAAAAGUAAAAACCGAUUAAAACCGGGGUCUAUAUCAUAAUUAAUUUUGAUUACUUUCAUUUUGUAUUAUUCAAGUAUUUCAAACAAAAUUUACAAUAUCAAAACCAAUUUAAAAUGUCAAUUUUAAAAAUAAUAUUACCUACUAUUGUCCUACCUACUAUUGUAAAUUUA